AUGCUCUUCAACAAGUCCAUCUUUGCCGUUGCUAUUGUGGCUUUGGCUAAUGUCGUGACUGCCGUGCAGACCCCGGCCUGUGUUCUCAAGGUCAUCGGCAACCAACCCAACCCGGCCGAUUCGAAGGCUAUUUGCGGCUCGAACGCCAGCAAGGUCCAGUCCGAUAUCUCCAAGAACUGUGCCGAUAGCGAGGCCUCCCUGAAGUUCUUCGCCAACAACUGCGGCCAGCUCGGUCACAAAGUUGAGACUGAUUUUUCCACCGCUACCCGCACUUCUGAGACCUCUACCGCCACCGGCUUCGUCACCGCUGUCUCUGGCACUGCCACUCAGACUGGUCCCUCUGUCGUCGCGACUGGCACUGGCUCCAGCGCUGCCGCCGGUACCUCGGGAAUCAGCACUGGCACCGCCUCCGAGUCUGGUGCCGCCGCAUCCCCUACUUCUACCUUCAACGCCGCUUCGUCCGAUCGCCAGUUCUCAACCACCUUUGUUGCCGCGGUGUUCCUCGGCGCUGCUGCUUUGCUGUAA